AUGUCAGUAUAUGAAAGACUUCUGGCCAUGCUGUUUGCAACUGAAGAGAUCCACAAAGACCUACAGCUACUGCCAAAUAUUACACUUGGAUAUGUGAUUUAUGAUUCCUGUACAACUGUUGCAGGAGCUCUUGAGGGUGCAAUGAGGAUGCUUACAGGGCAGAGAAAGACAAUUCCAAAUUAUCAGUGUCAGCGUCUUUCUUCAGCAGUAGCUGCGAUUGCUGAGUCAUUCUCCUCAACAUCGAUUCCCAUUGCUAGGCUACUGGGACUCUACAGAUUUCCCCAGAUAAGUUAUGCAGCAACUGUUAUGGCUUUAAGUGACAAGAAACAGUUUCCAUCUUUUGUCAGAACAAUUCCAAUGGAUCUCUUCCACUCGACUUGUAUAACCCACUUAGUCCUAUAUUUUGGUUGGACAUGGGUCGGGAUUGUUUCUGACAGCAGUGACUAUGGCCUGCAAGGCAGCCUUAAAGUAAAAGAAGAACUUGUCAAAGCUGGGGCUUGUAUUGCUUUUUCUGAAACAAUGCCUGCAGUGUACUCUGAGAAGAAGAUUCAGUACAUAAGUGAAACAAUUAGAAAAUCUUCUGCAAAUGUGGUAGUGAUCUAUUCAGUUGAUGUUGAUAUCUAUCCUGUCAUGGAAGUGAUUGCACUUAAUAAUGUCACAGGAAAAAUCUGGAUAGCCAGUGAUGGCUGGGCAGAGUCUUCCCUCUUUUCUAAAAAUGAGUUUUUGAGAACAUUACAAGGAACGCUUUGCAUUCUGGUGAGAAAAGGAGACAUAUCAGGAUUCAGAGAAUAUAUUUACAGUCUUAAUCCUUAUAGGAAUCCAGAUGACAUAUUUCUGAAAAACUUCUGGGAACUUGUUUUUAACUGUAAGGUGCAGAUCCCAGAUAAAACUAAUAAGAACUUGACCAAAGAAUCAAAUGUCUGUGUAGGAGAUGAAACACUGCAGGGCAUGACGCUGGAUUUUUUCAAACUGACUGAUUUAAGAAAUACAUACAAUGUCUACAAUGCUCUUUACUCCAUUGCCCAUGCAUUACAUGAUAUGAUUUCAUGCAGACAUGGAGAAGGCCCAUUUGAAAAUGGCACAUGUGCAUUAAUAUAUGAUUUCCAGCCAUGGCAGCUUUUCCACUAUAUUAAGAAUGUUCACUUUUGGAACAAAAAUGGUGAAGAAGUAUUCUUUGAUAUACAUGGUGACCCUCCAGCAAUGUUCAGCAUAGUAAACUGGCAAGUAAUGUCAGAAAACUCUUUCAGGCUUCAGGAUGUUGGAUACUUUGAUGCCACUGCUGCAAAAAACCAAAAAUUAACAAUGGAUGUACCUGCUAUAUUAUGGAAUGAAGGUCAUGGAAAGGUCCCUCAGUCAUUGUGCAGUGAAAGUUGUUCUGCAGGCUAUAGAAAGGCACCUCAGCCAGGCCAGCCAGUCUGCUGCUUCAAAUGUAUCAUGUGCUCUCAGGGAGAAAUUUCCAACCAAACUGAUUCCAUUGAGUGUCUGAAGUGCCCUAAAGAUGGUUGGCCUAAUGAAAGACAGGACAAGUGCAUAAAGAAAGUAACUGAGUUCCUUUCAUAUGAAGAACCUCUAGGUUCAGGACUGGUUGCUGUUUCCAUCUUCUUAGAAAUGAUCACAGUUGCCAUCCUAAAAAUCUUUAUGAAGUACCACCACACACCUGUUGUCAAGGCUAAUAAUAGGGAGCUUAGCUAUUUGCUUUUAUUCAGUCUCAUGUUGUGCUUCCUCUGUUCAUUCAUUUUCAUUGGCCGCCCAACCCAUGUGACAUGUAUGCUUCGCCAAGGUGCAUUUGGUACCAUUUUUACAUUGUCUAUCUCUUGUGUUUUAGCCAAAACUGUUGUGGUGGUCAUUGCCUUCAAUGCUAGCAAGCCAAACAGCAACCUGAGGAAAUUUGCAGGACCCAGACUGCCAAAACUUUUAGUUAUGUUCUGCACAUCUGCUCAGAUAAUUAUAUGGGUUUCUUGGUUAGUUGUCUUUCCUCCAUUUCUGGAUGAAAAUACAACUUCUGUAACAAGGAAAAUCAUUAUAGAAUGUAAUGAGGGCUCACCUGUGGCAUUUUGGUGUAUGCUGUCUUAUAUGGGCAUUUUGGCAGUUGUAAGCCUUGUAGUCGCAUUUCUGUCCCGAAAACUCCCAGACAGCUUUAAUGAGGCAAAAUUUAUCACAUUCAGUAUGCUGGUAUUUGUUAGUGUUUGGAUGUCAUUCAUUCCAGCAUAUCUGAGCACACAAGGGAAGUAUAUGGUAGCUGUUGAAAUAUUUGCCAUUGUGUCUUCUGGGGCAGGACUGCUGCUUUGUAUAUUUGCACCUAAGUGCUACAUUAUUCUGUUUAGACCAGACAUGAACACCAGAGACUACCUAAUGGGAAAGGGUGUGUUUAAGAAUGGCAAUGACUGA